AGGCGAAAAUCAAAAUUUCAAUACUUAAUGUCAACGUGUAAUAAUUGUGCGUGUGUUGUUGUUGUUGAAAGCGCAUAAAGCAUGGCGCCGAAAUUUCUAAAAGAUAUAAGGAAAUAUUUUGGUGGUGGAACACAGGCUGCUGGAACAUCAGGUACCGGUGGUGGUGGCGGCGGYGGAGGUGGUGGAGGCGGCGGAACGCGUAACACAACCAGCUCUGGCAACAUGUAUGCCACCCGCCAAGCUGUAGGCGCCUCCACGGGGGUACUUAUGGUCGGACCAAAUUUUCGUGUUGGUAAAAAAAUUGGCUGUGGUAAUUUCGGAGAACUGCGUUUAGGACGACGGAUGUGCUUUUUUGGUGGCAGCGGCAGCGGUGGCAGUGGCAAUGGCAGCGCCAGUUCAARCGGCGCUGAUGCAGCAGGCAAAAAUCUGUACAACAAUGAACACGUAGCAAUAAAAAUGGAGCCUAUGAAGUCAAAGGCUCCACAACUACAUUUAGAGUAUAGGUUUUAUAAACUAUUAGGAUCACAUGAUAAUUGUCCAGAGGGUAUACCGCGUGUGUAUUAUCUGGGCACAUGUGGUGGCCGUUAUAAUGCCAUGGUAUUAGAGUUAUUGGGACUGUCCUUAGAAGAUCUCUUCAAUAUUUGUUCCCGUAAAUUUUCUCUUAAGACUGUACUGAUGAUAUCUAAGCAACUUCUCCACCGGAUCGAAUAUGUUCAUAGUCGGCACUUAAUAUAUAGGGAUGUAAAGCCGGAGAAUUUUCUCAUAGGCAGAACAUCAACGAGACGGGAAAAAAUUAUACACAUAAUUGAUUUCGGUUUGGCCAAAGAAUACAUUGAUUUAGAUACAAAUAGGCAUAUACCAUAUCGGGAGCAUAAAUCUCUCACCGGCACCGCACGUUAUAUGUCAAUAAAUACACAUAUGGGCAGAGAGCAAUCAAGGCGCGAUGAUUUAGAAGCAUUAGGACACAUGUUCAUGUAUUUCUUAAGAGGUUCACUGCCGUGGCAAGGCCUUAAGGCUGAUACACUUAAAGAACGAUAUCAAAAAAUUGGUGAUACAAAACGUGCAACACCCAUUGAGGUGCUUUGCGAUGGACACCCCGAAGAAUUUGCUACAUAUUUACGUUAUGUGCGGCGAUUAGAUUUUUUUGAAACGCCCGAUUAUGAGUUUCUGCGAAGACUGUUUCAAGACUUAUUCGAUCGUAAAGGCUAUGUGGAUGAUGGAGAAUUCGACUGGACAGGGAAGACAAUGACAAAUGCCAAAGGAGGUGUUGCUGCGUGGCCGGAUGUGCCAAAACCAGGCGCCACACUCGGCAAUCUAACACCGGCCGAUCGGCAUGGCUCCGUGCAGCCGAUUGUCAAUCCUUGGUUGCCCCACAAAAAGUUACAGGUUGUGAGUUCCACAAAUGGCGAAUUGAAUGCGGACGAUCCCACAGCUGGCCACUCAAAUACUCCUAUAACGCAGCAGCCCGAAGUGGAGCUUGUCGAUGAAACGAAAUGUUGUUGUUUCUUUAAACGAAAGAAGAAGAAAUCAUCACGUCAAAAAUGACUAGACGGUGUCCAAUGUAGUCCAGAACGCGAAGCGGUCACACUGCUACGCGCCACUUCACAUUCAAAUUCACGGGAUAGCGUAUUGAAUAAUCCAAGUCAGGAUUAUAUACAACAGGCAA